AGGCUCCCAGAAAGGCAGGCACCUCACAGACAGAGCCAGUGAGGAAAAUGAAGCUCCCGAUUUUCAUAGCAGAUGCAUUCACAGUGACAGCUUUCCGUGGCAAUCCUGCUGCUGUCUGCCUCCUGGAAGACAUCCUGGCAGAAGACGCUCAUCAGCAAAUCGCAGUGGAGAUGAACCUCUCAGAAACGGCUUUCAUCAGGAAACUGCAACCAACUGACAGCUUCGCACAGAGUUUCUGCUUUGGACUAAGGUGGUUUACGCCAGUGAGUGAGGUCCCUUUGUGUGGUCAUGCCACCCUGGCUUCUGCGGCUGUGCUAUUUCACAAAAUAAAGAACACAAACAGCACUCUAACCUUUGUCACCAUGAGUGGGGAACUAAAGGCCAGGAAAGCAGAAGAUGGCAUUGUGCUGGACUUUCCUCUCUACCCAACCUUCCCCCAGGCAGCCAUAGGUGACACCAAGGUCCAGGACAUCCGGUACUCUCCAGAUACCCGAAAACUCCUGGUCAGGCUCAGCGAUUCUUAUGACAGGUCCUUUCUAGAGACCCUGAAGGUGAACACGGAGCCUCUGCCUCAGAUGGAAAAGACAGGGAGGGUGAGAGGACUCAUUCUCACUCUCAAAGGAGAGCCUGAGGGCCAGAGGGCCCCGUAUGACUUCUACUCCAGAUACUUUGCGCCAUGGGUUGGUUUGUCUGAAGACCCAGUAACAGGAUCUGCGCACACCGUUCUCGGCAGUUACUGGUCCCAGCAGCUCGGGAAGAAAGAGCUGCGAGCCUUUCAGUGUUCUCGCCGAGGAGGGGAACUGGACAUUUCCCUGCGACCUGAUGGACGAGUUGACAUGAAGGGCGGUGCUGCUAUUGUCUUGGAGGGCACGCUGACGGCCUAGAGACGCCAAUGCUGGCC